UAGAUAUAUUUAUGCACUACUAUUAUUUAUUUAAAUGAUAUAUUUUCGUUGAUAAAAUAAAAAAAUUAUAAUAUUAAAAAAAUCAAUUUUCUCGUGUAAUUUUCCUAAUAUAAAAUUUUUUAAUAAGACUAUUUGAUAAUAUGAUAAAUCAAGUUGUAUUUGUAUCCAAAUGGCAGAAAAAAUAUAAAAACUAUUAAUAAUUUAAACUUCAAAACUGUGUUUAGAAAUAAAUCCUUGAAGGGGAGCUCUAAAAACUCAUAAAAUGUAAAUACAUGUAAAUAUUUGCAAAUCUCUGGUAAUACAAUGAAUAGAUAAAAGUAAUUAAUAAAUUGUUUUUGUUCAUAGCUGUCGAAGUAGAUGACACCAUUACACGCUUACUACUUGAGUGGGCAACAUUAAGGCGUCGUUUGUUGGCCUUUGGAUUUUGGUUGUACAUAUUCAAAUAUUCCGUAUCUGAUAAGUUCUAAUGAAAACGAAAUACUGCAUUGUAGGUUAAAUUUGAUAUAAUUCCAAACAUCUCAGAAUUUGUGGAUCUUAUAUCAAGGACAUCAUCAUCAUCAACAGCUAUUUCAUCCAUCGUCACAUGUAAGCCUCCCUUAGGUGUGUCCAGUCAUAUCUGUUUGCUGUUUUUUGCAUCCAUUCAUGUCCUCAGCCCAUCUUGUUUUGUUGUCCAUCCUGUUGUUAACAGCCCAAGUUUCAGUUCCAUAUGUCAGAACUUGCAAUACGUACUGAUUGAAGGUUUUGCCUUUAGAGUACUUGGUAAGUUUGAUUUAAAUACUCUUUGUGAUUGACCAAAUGCUGCCCAUGCAAAAGCACAUCUUAUAUUUUAAUCAGUCUUAACCUUUAACUACACGCGCUGGCGUAUUUUGUACGCCAGAUAUAAGAAUUCCACUGCAAAUGUAUUUAAAAAUUUAAUUUUUAACCUUGUUUAUCUCUCUAACCUAUCACUGGAAUGUGUUUUACAAUUUGGUUUUAGUUUCGUUAUAAUCGGCUUUCUGGGAAGAUCGUAAUUUACAGUUUAGUAUUUGUUGUUUCCGGUGGUGGAAAAUAUACGCCACGUUUAUAUUAAUAUAACUAGUAAUAUAAGUUGAUAUUUCAAUUGUUUUUUAGUCAAUAUGGCACAAAAUAUAUUUUUCUUAAUAAACAAUACUUUUUCUCCUGUAAAAAAUCACAUUUCAAAAAAAAAUUUAUUAGUAAUUUUAUCUAACAUGGAAUCCAGUUAUUCCAUGAUUCCAGUUAUAAAUCCCAAUUGGCUUACUGAGAAGAAACUCCAAGUAUUCACUGAUGCUGAAUAAGGUUUAUAACAAACAACUUAGUGUAUUUUGUCAAAAUAAAAAUAAACAAAUCUGCUGUUUUUAAGUGUAUUGUCUUGUGGCGUAUAAAGUACUCCACGCGUGUAGUUAUGUCAUAACUUAAUGCGCGGGUAGUUAAAGGUUAAGCUCAGUUAUAUCUAGAGUUGUUGGUUAUGGUGGGGGAGCAAAGUAUGCUAAAUGUGCAGUCUCUCGAGCGCUUUGGGGACCUACUGGGUUGUGAAGAGUAGGUCCUAAAACCAAAAAAAGUUAAGUAAAGUUUUCCAUUUAAGUGGGCGCUUGCCAUUUUUUAAUUUAAUUUUCCAUUUCCAACAAUCGUUUUUUCGAUUAUAGCGCCAUCUAUCCAUAAUUCGAAAAAACGUUUCGAAUAAAAGUUACUUACUUUUACGUAAGGAAUCCAAAUCUGCAAUAAAAAAUGGGGGCUCCUAUUUAGGAUUUUAAAGUAACCCCCACCUCACCUUCGUGGGAGGUCGUGUGUGGUGCCAUUCUAUAGAUGUUUCAAAAAUAUUGAAUAAGUGUAUUUUACAGUUGUUCGAUCUGAUGUUCAUUUUGCGAAAUAUCGCGGAAUUCGUAUUUAAAAUAUUAAAUUUACCCCCCACCCCUCUCCGUGGAGACUCGUGUUUAGUAUCAUUCGAUAGAUUUUUAAAAAAUACUUAGCACAAUUUUUUUUAGUUUUUCGAUCUGUCAUUUAUUUCGCGAAAUAUUCGCUUUUUCCUGUUGAAAUUUUGGGACUUUCCCAUUUCCAUUUCCUUACGCCGGGCUCAAAUCGUCAGAUUUUUGAAAUAUACACUCCUUUGCAUGUAUUUAACUUACCUUAUCUUAAUCUGACAAUUUUGAGAUUUUUAAGGAUAUAUUUUUUUUUCGGGCCCCCCUUAACACUAGAAGCACCAGAGCGGUCAUUUUGACUGCUUUCUAUUAUUGACACUCUGUUUUACUCAUUCAUAGUUAUUUUAGAAACUUGAUAAUUUAUGACUUUUCCUAGAUCUAUUUCAAGAAUAUAAUUUCUCUUUUACAGCUACUUAGCGGAGUUACUUUUUAAGAUAUGCUAAUGUCUACCUAGAAGCAGCAGAGCAGUCAUUUUGACUGCUUUCCCUUUUUGACCCUUUGUAUUACUCAUUCAUAUUUAUUUUACAAAAUUUAUAAUUUGGGACUUUAAUAUUUAUUUGAGGAUUAUAAUUUCUCUUUUACAGGAACUUUUACAGUAUAAUUACAUUUUGAAUAUACUUAAUGUCUAUCUAGAAAAAUUGGGUAGUAAUGACAAGGUAUUCUACAUUUUGUUCUAUUUUUCUGGGAAGUUUUUACUUAUUUUAUGUAUAAAAUGCAUCGAAAACAUUUGUUAUUAAGUAAUUUGAGUAUACUUUUUGCAAGUGCGUGCUCAAUAUGUAUUUUGAUUUUUCAUUGUGAACUUUCUCUUUUCUGCUGUUAUCACGUCUCGUCGAUAUUUGACUGAGAAAUAACUAUUGGAGUGGGUACAGAAUUUGUCAGAUAAUGAAUAUAAAGUAGAGUUAUGUGAUGAAAAUAUAUCCAAUAAUGAAUAAGACGAGUAUGUGCCUGAUCAAGUUGAUCAAGGACAUUCAUCGGGUAGCGAUUCUGAAGAUAAAGUUGAGAUUGAGGAUACCAAUACCUCUUUAGGAAUUAUUACUAACCGGGUAAGAGGAAUUCGCGGAAGCAGUUUAGAGAAUUCCUCCGUCGACACUAUAGGAUGGAAGUUACUUUGCAAUAGCGCUAGACUAUACUAUAGUAGUAGCUUCACUAGCUUAUAUUUAUGUAUUCACUUAGGCAUAUAAUAUUUUUGAGCAUAUUAUUUUUAUGUGCCUAUCCGUGAUGAAUGUUGGCGACCAUCAUGGGAAUUUUUACCUUAUCCGCAGGAUGUUCUUCUUCCUGGGCCCCGUUUUCCACAUAUUUUUCCUUGCAGGAUGGCUUCUAGAAGGGUAUAUCUGGAUUCAUUUCGCAAAAUGUGUCUAAAGUACUCGCACUUUCGAGAUUUGAUGGUGGUAUCUCUCGGUUCUUCUACAUUAUUCUGAGGACCUCCUCAUUUGUGACUCUCCGAUUCUGUUUUGGCUAUUCUCCGAUAUAGCCACAUUUGGAAUGCUUCCAAUUUUCUGCACAUAUUCUUUGUUCAAGGUCCACGAUUCAACACCACAAAAAACAACAGAGAAGACAUAGCAGGUGAAAGUGAAAAACAUGUGAAAUUUGUCAUAUACAUAAAUGUAAAUAAAAUUUGUGUGGGUCUUGUACAAGCAAAAUUGAAAAAUUUUGCUACUGCAUAAAUCGUGCUUAAAUAAUUAAGUAAUUCAUUUAAAUUAAUUAAAUAUGUCUUUUAUUAUUAGUUAUUAACUCAAUAUAGGUUUUUAUCAAGUAAAAAAAGAAUUCAAAAACGGCUGGCAAUAGAAAUUCUAAUACCCGUCAUUUUGACCGCUGCGGUGCUUCUAGGUAUGCAGAAAUGUUGGUGCGUCUAGUGUUAACGAACUCCCCUGUGUUAAGAGCCAAUAUAUGGUAGAGGUACAUCUGCAGGGUACCAGGUUUCUCCCCAUAUGAUAAUCUGACGCGCUCGAGUAACUGCAAAAGUCCCCGCUUGGGUUUCCCUACCAUUAUAUAUUUAGUUUAUGUUAAAUUUAUUUUUAUUAUAUCAAGGUACCUCUUUCUUUUCUUACAUGUUUAUAAAAACUCCCGUUUCUACAUAGUUUUUUGGAAUACAAAGAACUUGCAAAAGAGAAGGUUUGUAGAAUUAUUAUUUUUGAUUAUAACCUUCACCUGGUAAUAUAUGCAAAAUUUACAUAGGUAAAAGCUUAGAGAAAAGUUAUCAGUAACAACACAUCACUUACAUUUUAAUCCUAUUUACCUUUAAAUUAAAGUUAUUUUAAGAAACUAUAUCAAACAAAUAAUAUUAUUACAAAAUCUAACAAAAAUAUAAGGAUUUUGUGUUCUAGGAAGUAUUAGAAAAAUAAAUAAAGUAGGCAUAUAUAUCUUGAAUGUUUUAGCAUUAACUUUAAAACAAAAUCUUCUCGUAUAUCUAGCUAGAGAUAUUCUCAAGUGUUUAUUGGUCAAAAUGGUUUUUAAAGUCUCCCUUUUGUGCGCGUUGUUGGUAUUAGUUGCUUAUUCUAGUGCAUACGAUUAUAGCAAUUGCCCUUCAAAUACCAAUAGACAGAAAAUUUUGACUUACAACGCUGUAUUGCCAUCAGGAUACAAUGUGAGAGCACGUCUUCCAGCAACUGGAUAUUACAGCAGACCUAUCACAUGCUUACUGCUAAUAGACCAAAAAGGUAGUACCAGCACACCAAAAAUAUCGGAAGGUGGAUAUCUCGACACCUAUGCCUUAGUAAACAUUACUUCCAAUACAGCCGACCCAGUCACUUACUACGCACUAGUAUUUAUUGACUAAAUUAUUUUUUUUUAUACAAAUAAGCUAGAAUUUUGUUAGACUGUUAAUUUAAUUAAUAAAUUAUAUUUUUUGGUUAUUCAAAUAAAAAAUAACUAAAGACUUGUUUACACGGGUAGAGUAAUGAUGCAAGUACUUGAUAGAGUAGAGUAACUCUACCCGUAAAAACGCUCAGCACAGUAGAGUAGCAAGUAGAGUGUAUAGUAGGUGGUAAAGUAGAGUGACUAGCAGUGUUCCCAGAUGACUUUUUUGAGGAUCAGGAGGUGUCGCCACGAACGAUCAGGAGAUUUCAGGAGACUCGCUCGCCUCAAAAAUUGGUAGAAUUCUGUAGUUUCAGUCUUUACGUUUAUAGAUAGGCAACUAGAUGUCGCCACGAAAAAUCAGUAGAAUCAGUUGGUGGACGCCACCAAUCAGCAAGGAGGGGGGUAUUUUUUACGUUUAUACUAUGGAGACCUGUAAGAAGGAGUGGAAACGCAAUGCAUCGUUUGUGGGCUAACUUUUCAACCUCUAAUUCAACUUUCAGCAAUCGCCGCUAGAGGCGCAAGUGUUCGAAUAGGUGCUACAAAUACAUUAGCUCUUAUGGACUUAUUUAUUAUUUAACUCAUUUUAUUAUUGUUUUUAGCGUAAUUAGACAUUAAUUUAUUGGUGGAUUGUAGCUGAAUAUGUUUUAUGCCAAAAAUAAAUUAUUUUAACCUUAUAACAUAUCGAUGUGUGGUAAAAAGUGUAUUCUUUUUAUACCAUUGUAGAUGGAGAUGUGACAUCAAAAUUAAAUUUGUCAUUACUUUAAUAUGUAGGACAGCUUAUUUUGAAGCGGAAAUAUUUUGUCACAUUAUCUAACUGCCACAUUUAUAUACCAAUGGUAUUUCAACCGCAAAUUAAUUUGUUAAUAUCUUUGUAACUGAUAUCAAAAAGUUUGUUAGUUGAAAAAAUUUAACUUAACUGUAGGUAAUUGUUUUUAAAAAGUUUAAAAAGUUAUUUAAAUAAUUUGAAGUUUAUUGAUAAAUUUUUUUUAAUUAUUCUUUUUAUCAAAAUUUAAAAGCUUACCUAUCAGAUGUUUAAAUUUAGUUAAUAAAAAUAUAUGUCUAUAAACUACGCAGACGAUAGUCUGACUUUUAUAAAAUUAAUGUUAAUUUUUGUGAAAUAUUUUGUCUCAAAAAUGCAUUGUUUCGACAGAAAAACUUUCAAGAUCGUCCUACUAUUAUCACUAUAAUUUUCAGGUUAAAAUAAAAACCAAUAAUAGGCACAAAUUUUAUUUACACCGAAGGAAAUAACAUACAAACGAAUAGGUUUAAUCCACGAACGUUAUAAAUAACAUAAAGACAAAUCUUUAUAAAAAGUCUUUAUUAACUUCGUUAAGUUCCCUUUUGAAUUUUUUAUCGGAACGAUAACUCGAUAUAAAUCCCGGUACGAAGCAAGUUCUUUUAGUGUAAGCUUUCUUGGCACUCAUAUUUAAAUAAUAUUAACCACCAAAACCAAUAAUCUUAUAUUAACUACGAAUAAUUAAUUAUUUUCGAAAUUUUCACAUUCACUCCAAUGCAAAAGUAGCAUCUAUUUCUACGCCACCGCCGCCCUAGCGAGAAACCAAGCAAACAGGCAAAAUUGUGUACAAAAAUUUCAAGGUCGUCCUAUCUCGAUUCCUCUCCUCUGUGUAGGUCUCCAUAGUUUAUACUUAUACAUAGGUACAAUACACAGAAAAUAGCUGAUUAAGUUCCAUCUGUUGACUUUUGGGGGAAAUGCAACUUUAUAAAAUCUGUAAGGGACGGCUGUGGCAACGCUAGAUGGCGGCUAAAGCAUAAAAAUAAAAAAAAUAAAAUAGGAUAAAAUUCUGAAAAAUUCAAACUCCAUACAAAACCGUUCUUGAAUCGUUACGCGCAUGCGCAAUGACGAAUAAUGCUGCGCAGUAACACAUUUUUCGUUACUACGCAUCCUCGUAAUCGUCCAAGAACGGUUUUGUAUCGAGUUGGAACAAAACCAGAUGAUUUUCAGAAUUUCAUCACUUCAUCAGGAGGUUUAAGGACGCCAUCAGUAGAUCAGUAGGCGAGGGUCGCCAUCAGUAGGUCUCCUGAAAUUUCAGGAGGUCUGAGAACACUGGUGACUAGCAACAUGUGGCAAAGUAACUCUACUCUACUACCACCACCACCACCACCACCACCACCAUCGCCAAAAUGUCCACUCGCCUGCGGUCACUACCCAUGGAACUCGCUCAAUUCUGGUAGAAGUGAUAGAGUAGAGUAGGUAGGAGAGUACAUAGGGACGCUGUCAUUCCGGCUGGAAUUGUGUUUUGUGUAAUUAGUGAAAGUUAAGUUCACCGAAGAUGAAACUUUAAAACUUGUAGAUCUGUAUGGUGAAUACCAGUGUUUAUGAAAUAGGUAGUGCACACUACAGAAAUAAAAGUAUGAGGCAAGCUGCGGAGGAUGAAAUCGUCGAAAGAAUGGCAAAGGAGGUCUUUGGAGUAAACGAGAUCAAGCAAAAAAUUAAGAAUUUAAGGUGCACUUAUAAUCAAGAGUGUUUAAAAAUAUAAAAGUCAAAAAAAAUCGGGUUCACUAUACUAGCAUCAGUACUAUACUUGUACUCUCCUCCUGUGAACGGUAUCAAGCCAUUUUUGGUAGAGUAGCGAGUAGAGUCUACUCUCCUCGCUACUCUACUCUCCUCAAAGCUCUACCCGUGUAAACAAGUCUUUAUGUAUUAAGAAACAUA